AUGAACACCUCUGAGUCUUUGGCCUUCGUCACCUUCACCGUCUACGGCUCUCUUCGUCUGAAUAACGCCGCUCUGCUCAUUUGCAUAUCUGUCCUUUACAUUUCAGGACUGUGUAUCAACCUUUUCCUCCUUCUGGUUGUUUGCAUGGAGUCUGGUCUCCACAGGCCGAUGUAUGUUCUGCUGGUGAAUCUGUGUCUGAGCGGAGUGAUGGGCAGUUCAUCCGUGUGUCCUCACAUCAUCACACACCUGUUAGCCGACAGGGAGGCAACUCUCCCCGGAUGUCUGACUCAGGUGUUUUUCAUCAACGUGUACAGCGGCUGUAUCUUCUGUAUCUUAGCUCUGAUGGCCUACGACCGCUACGUCUCCAUCUGUAAACCUCUGCUGUACCACUCCCUCAUGACUCCGGCAAAGGUCCGGCUGAUGCUGCUGCUGCUCUACUCCGGCCUGGGCUCCUCCUCGGCCGUCCAGGUGCUUCUGACCUCCAGACUCCGACUGUGCAGACACAGGGUGGAUAAACUGUUCUGUGACAGUUUGGUCGUGGCGAACCUUUCCUGUAAAAACAUGCCUCUGAUCAAUGUGUUCGGUCUGUGCUGCGCCGUCUGUUGGAUCGUGUUCCCCUGUUUCCUGGUCAUCGUGUCCUACGUUCACAUUUUCAUGGUGGUCCUAAAGAGCUCGAGGGCAUCUCAGAUGAAAGGGCUGCAGACGCUCACCCCUCACUUACUGACCUUCAUUAACUUCUCCGUGGCCUCUUUCUUUGGGGUCAUUUAUAACCGCCUGAGUCACCGAGUUCCUGAAGCUGUGAAUAUUUUCACAGCUAUUAAUUUCUUCAUCCUCCCUCCUCUGCUGCAUCCCAUAAUUUAUGGUGUCAAAAUGCAAGAGAUUCGGCAAAGUGUAAAGAAAAUGAUGAAAAGGAAAAUGUUUUUUUAAGGUUUCACUGUUCUUCCUUCCUGUGAAGCUCCUGAUGAUGAUGAUUCUAUUAUAUCCACUGCUGCUGUUAUCAUUAGUGCUGCUGCUCUCAUCAUAUCAAUCAUUUAUAUCGUAUGGACUGAAUGUGUUGUACUU